UCUUCCAGUGCGUCUCGGCUGCCAUGGCGGGGAAGCAGCUCCCCUCCCUCGCGCGCGCCCGCCCGGCAUCCCCGCGCGGCCUCCUCGCCGGCGCCUCCCUCCUUCUCCUCGUCCUCGCCGCCUCCUACUUCCUCCUCCUGUCCCCCUCGUCGCCGGGUCCCGCUAGCCCUAGCUCCGGCACUGGCUCCGCCGCCGACACCGCCUUCCUCGCCUCCCUCGACCGGUUCCUCGACUCGCGGCGCCCCUCCUCCGUGUCCUCCGCGGCGGCCCCCGGAGACCUCAACGCCGCGAUCCGGGCCGAGGAGGAGGCCAGGCUCUACGGAGACCCCCGGGGCGCCUGGCCGGCCGCCCCGGCGCCUCUCAGGGUCUACGUGUACGAGAUGCCGAGCAAGUUCACGUACGAUCUGCUGCGGCUGUUCAGGGACUCGUACCGCGAGACCACCAACCUGACUUCCAACGGGAGCCCCGUGCACCGGCUCGUCGAGCAGCAUUCUAUUGACUAUUGGUUGUGGGCUGAUCUGAUUGCACCUGAAUCACAAAGACUUCUGAAGAAUGUUAUCAGAGUUCGGCAGCAAGAAGAAGCAGAUAUCUUCUACGUACCAUUCUUCACAACAAUCAGUUACUUCUUGCUGGAGAAACAAGAAUGCAAGGCACUUUAUAGGGAAGCUUUGAAGUGGAUAACUGAUCAACCUGCCUGGCAACGUUCAGAAGGCAGAGAUCAUGUAAUUCCUGUUCAUCACCCAUGGUCAUUUAAGUCGGUCCGGAAAUUUGUAAAGAAGGCAAUAUGGCUUCUGCCUGAUAUGGAUUCUACUGGGAACUGGUAUAAACCAGGGCAAGUAUAUUUGGAAAAGGAUGUCAUCCUUCCAUACGUCCCAAAUGUUGAUCUUUGUGAUUCUAAGUGUGUAUCUGAAACUCAAUCCAGAAGAAGCACGUUGCUCUUCUUUCGAGGAAGACUGAGAAGGAAUGCUGGAGGGAAGAUCCGCAGUAAGCUUGUGACAGAACUAAAGGAUGCAGAAGGCAUAGUCAUAGAAGAAGGGACCGCUGGAGCUGAGGGCAAAGCAGCAGCUCAGAACGGCAUGCGCAAGUCUCUCUUUUGCUUGAAUCCGGCUGGGGAUACUCCAUCUUCUGCUCGUCUGUUUGACACAAUUGUUAGUGGUUGUAUCCCAGUUGUAAUCAGUGAUGAACUAGAGCUUCCUUUUGAAGGAAUACUUGACUACAGGAAGAUAGCAUUGUUCGUUUCUUCAAGUGAUGCUGUUCAACCUGGUUGGCUGGUGAAGUACCUAAGAAGCAUUGAUGCCAAAAGGAUCAGAGAAAUGCAAACAAAUCUUCUGAAGUAUUCUAGACAUUUUCUAUAUUCAAGUCCUGCUCGGCCUCUUGGACCGGAAGAUCUUACAUGGAGAAUGAUUGCUGGUAAGCUGGUAAACAUCAAGUUGCAUAUUCGACGUUCGCAACGCGUGGUCAGGGAAUCAAGGAACGUAUGUACAUGCGAGUGCAGAAUGGGGAACAACACAAGGAUGUUUUGAACCUACGUCCUAUUUUGUGUGUCCGAUUUCAACUUAGUCAUUCUUUAGUUGUUACUUGCACGAGCAGACGGGCUUCUGAUCAUUAAGGUGCAUUUGUAAAUUGUUCUUGAAAACCCAACCAAAGUUUUGAUCCAUUUUGCCCGAACAUGUGUAAUUCUGUAACAAAACAUAGGUUGAAGAUUUGCAGAUAUGCGGUGUGCCAAAUCUUGUCCCAACGUUAAGGGACAAGAUGAACCAUGUAAUCAAGGUUUUAUUAUUAUUAGGUUCAUGCUUCACAGUUA